AUGCCUUCUCUUCGUGAUGUUUACUUUCCCCGCGCCUCUCGUCGCGCGCAUCACAAAGACUCUAAGAGAUCGAAGGGAUCCUGCAGCUGCCAUGUGCGUCGCGCAUACGCGCAGGCCGAAAUAUUCGUGGAAGAUAAACUCUACCGGGGCUACAGCCUAGGUGCGAUCGAAAAUAUAGUUCAAAAGGAGAUCGAUAUUUCACGUCUCACAGGAGAGCUCUGUCCGUGCUACCUUCACUUCUGUCUCCGAAUUCUGCGUAACCUGCGCGGAUCACAUCCAUUCUCUUGCUUGCCUAUUAAUAGGGACUUCGAAAUAUACCAGGGUACGACGAUGAAGGAUGGAGUCUUCGAGCACAACUUCUCGUUUCGCCAAGACUUCCGAGACAAGAAGGUGGUACAGGAAUACGGAAUGGACCAAGAGAUGUCGAGUGAAAUUGAGCGCUCGCAGGCUCUGGAUCAAGGGACGGUCAUCGAACUGCGCCGCCUAAAAGAUGGUCUGCACGCAGAGGCCGAGAAGGAGUAUCAAUCAAGAAAGAAGCACAUGCUCGAAGGCGGUCCCUCCUCUUCAAUCAGCACGCAGACUUCAGUCAGCCGAGAGUCCAAGGCACCUCAAAGGUUGCUCAAAAACGGUCAGGCACAGAGCACUUACUCUCAAUCCUCUUCCGGCUCUACUGCUCGACCAGACCACGCCCGAGAUGACGAAGUCCGCACGGCUGGGAGAAGACGUCCAGAGAGCCGUGAGAAUCAACGUCGCAGUUCACCCGAGACGGAAAGUCGCCGCGGUCGGGAUAAUUCAUCUACGAUCUCACCGACAGACUCCGUGUCUCAAAUUGGACACGAUCGUCGUAUCUUCAAGACUUAUGAUUCGACCAGAAUCGGAAACAACUCUCAGGCCAGACCCAGCAACCUCUCUGCGGCUGGUGACUCCCAUGCUCCAUCUCCCCUCAAUCCCAGAAUGGAGUAUCGCCAAGAAGAACGAACCUAUCGCGAAAAUCGCUUCUACAUGGGUGCUAUACGUGCCGAGCUCCCGAGUUUCGAUAACAGAGCAUAUAAGUCAGAUCGCAGUACGGCAACCUCAUCUCGUUCCGCAAAGAGAGAUGAGGCUGAGAACAGCCGUCACAAUCGCCCCCGCUCCGAGAUCGAGAGAGGAAGCAGCGCUCAUAACACCGGGACGGGCAUGUCGUCCUAUAAAACGGCUCUGGAGCACUUCACACUGAAGCCAGAAGUCAAGGCUAGUGAGUCUCGCACGCGGUAUCCAUUGAACAAUCCCGAGACGUCUCGAAGACAGCCUAGCAGCACCAGCGGUCAAUCUCAAGACUCCCGUUACCGCCCCUCUUACAGAUCUCAAGCACCCUCUAGCAUCCUGCCCGCCGCCGAAUCCUCCAACGAGAGACGGCGAAGACCUUCAAGCGCCAAGAAGGAGACUGCCUCCAGCAUCUACCCCAUUCGUGAGGGUCGUGAGGGUCGUGAGGAUGGUGAUCGGGAUAGCAGAUACCGAUACCGCUAG